AUGCAAGCCGACACAAGCGAGCCUGGGUUUGGAUAUUUUUUGAAUACGCCUUGUCAAGCUUGGGAUGCCGUUCGGUACCAUGAAGCGUGGGAGGACAACAAGUUGGGUUUAGACAAGGCGACUCUAACAAGAUGUUUUCAAAAACAAAUACAAAUUAUUAAAUCACAAGGAACAGAAGAGGAAAAGGAAAAUGCGACACGACUUGAAAAACAAUUUAAGGUCGGCAUCAUUUUCGUAAGCUAUAAUAACUGUAGAUUAGUAGCCACAUUCAGUAGCCCCCCACUUUUGUCUCCGUAUUUCGCUUCUCCAAUACUACAGCUACCCAUGGAACUGCGUCUUCGCAUGGCUGAAUCUAAGAAAGCAGGACUAAUCGAUAAUUUUUGGUCGAAGCGUCGCAAUCUUAUGAAGCAUGAGAGUAUGAUGGUUAACAGCACAUUUGUAUCUUGUGACGGAGUACAGAUCGGUUGUAUUGGUAAUAAUCAGGGACAGAAACGAUCUUACGAAAAUCGCGAACAAUCAACCGAAAGGAGAAAAAAACAAAAGCCUAUCAAAACUACUAUUGGAGAUGGCGAGAGGCGGACUUCAGAACGAGAAAUACAUACAUCAGAACAAAGCGUAGAAGAUGAAUCAGCUGAGAAAUCAAAUGACCACUAUGAAUCUGAUGCAGGGAUUGUACGUGACGGUGACAAUAAUCCUUUUAUAGCGCAGACAGGAAAAGAUUCAACGAAAUAUAAGAUUGUUUUGUCAUGGAGUCACGCGAUUGAUAACGUUGCUAUAAAUAAUGUCUCUGAGAAUGACUGGUUAACACAGGAUGGAUACAACAUCUCUACCGACUUUCGUAAGUUUCAAGAAGAAUCUAUUAAAAAAUUGGAAAUUAAUCCGACUCUAUCAUAUGCGAAAGAAAUUGAUACGAUACUGUGUCUAUCAUCGAUUAUGUAUUGCAAUGAACUUAAACCAGAAUAUCUUGGAUGUUCUGGGAAGACAUGGAAUGAAGCUCGUCCAAGACCCUUAACUCCAAAAGAGUUGCCGACGGUUGCCGACUUAGUAAUUAUCGAAUACAGCAGGCUUUUGAAUGACAAACAAUCACUCAAUACAAAGUGGCGUAACAAUUGGGCAAAAGGGAAUACAUUAACAGACGAAGACAAAGGCAUCUUUGAUUGUGUGCAGAUAGUUUCGAGAAAUUUGGCUAAUGGAGAAUCCGAAAGUUCCAAAGAGAGACGUUUAUUGGAUGGUCAUAACCAUGGUAGAAAGCCAGACUUCCGGAUCCUCUCAAAGAUUGAUGACACUGAGAGAGAGUUCGUAUUCGGUGAGAUAAAGCCGCAUUCCCCUAAUACCAUAAAUAAGACUAUCGUUAAGUUAGCAGAAUUCAUGAAAGAGUCCUUGGAUUUUAUUAUCGAUAUUCACGGUUAUGUUGCAGGCCUGGAAAUGUAUGGUAUAUUAAUUUGUGGAAGCGAAAUUAAAAUUUUUAGUAUCGAUUUGGUAUAUGACGGCCUGUACCGCUGUAAUCUAUUAUCGAAAGUAUUGUUCCCGACGGAAAGUGCGAAUUUUUUAAACAUUAUCACUGUAGUAUCUACCUUAUAUUCAUUAUUGGAAAGGGCAAGAUUUACUAUUGAUAUUAUGAAUUCAGCUCAAUUAACAACUGAAUCAUCCUCCCCGCGUCACUCAUAUUGUCGAAAUUCAAAUUCAUCGCCUAAAAAAAUACGUGUACCGGUAGUUAGAGUUAAUUAA